AUUCCUCAUUUUUCUUUUUCAUCUCAAAAAUCCCCCGAGAUGCCGAAGAGGACCUCCUCCCAUUCCCCCUCCGUCUCCGCCAUGAAUCCCCUCCUCCCUUCCUCCUCCUCCUCGUCCUUCCCCAAAUCCCCCCAUCCGCCGGACCCGAGCCUCAGCUCCCCAAACCCUAGCCCGUGUAGCUACCUCCUCCACGCCGACGCCGACGACGAGGCGCUGAUCCAAAUCCCGGGCCCGAACCCUAGCUCGGGCGCGGUGUCCUCCGUCGUCCUACCGCCCAUCGACCCGGCGCCGCACAUCUCGUCGCAGUUCUACACCUUCACCGCCGAGUCGCACGCGCUCAUGCUGCGGUGCGUCCUCGCCGGCCGCCCCGCCGCAGCCGACGAGGUCCGCGCCGCGACGCCCCCCUCCGUGCUCGCCUCGUGGCGGGCGGUGUGGAAGGACCGGAACGAGGACACGGCCUACCUCACCGCGUGGAAGCGCAUCCAGGACAAGCUUGGGGCGUCGACCGACGGGAGGUCCCUCCACUUCAAGUCCAACCCUGGUCAGAGCGUCUCUCAUGUCGGCCAGUGGCGGGGCAUAGUCUCGGAGGCGCAUGCCGACCCCGACCUGCUCCGCCACCUCGGGCUCAAGGACACCGUCGACCGAAUCAAGCAAUCCUGGACUGUGGGGGCCAAAUUCUACGGUAUUCCAGAGUCAUUCGUCCGUGUCUGUGUUGCUGCGUGUGCUGUAUGUAAGGCAGCACCUGCGGGACAGCCUGAUUUUGCUAUGUCAUCGCCAGGACGAGGGAAGCGGCGCCGGAGGUUUGAAUAUACGGAGACACUAGAUGUGCCUGCGCGAGAUGUUCCACGCCGACUGCAACAGUUGGCUGCUAAGCAUAAGGUGGUUCUCUGUAUCAGGCAGAAGUAUAUAAGGCAUAAGCCAUUCAUGGCUGAGGUGAAGGAUUAUGCGUGCCACCGUGCUGGGGUGCCAACUUCAAGUGGUACAAAUGCUACUUCCUCUUCAGGAAGUGUUUCUGAUGGGAAGAAGGCACGGGUGCUGAAGCGAGAACCAUAUCAAUCAAAGAGGUGUGGUUGUGGGUUUCGUAUUCGGGCAAUUGUGCCAAUAGCUAAUUACAAUGAGAAAGACAAAAGUUUUGUAUAUGUGGAGGAGGGCACUGCAGUGUUCAAGCUUUAUGCGGUGCAUUCAGGGCAUGAGCCAGGGCCACUUGAUGGCAAUGCCCGAAUUGUUCAUAGGUUAGUUGGGCAUAAGGGGGCUCUUGAGUUUGAUCCAGACAUCUAUGGUGUCAGUGAAGAAGGAGAUCCUAACUUUACAAUUAAGGGAGAUUUUGAUGUUGAAACUGAUGUUUCACAUCUGGCAGUUUUGCAACAAAUUCGGGAUCUCAAAACAGAGGCUGGCUUGUUAGAAGGGAAGGUGGGUAAGAUGCACCCAGGGCUGUUGGGUUCACUGUCCAGCGAGCUAUCUGAGUUUUUGCACAGGAUUAGGAAGUUUAAUUUCGAUGGAAAUAUCUGCCAGCCAGAAGAGACACUUAUGAUAGGCAAUGAUGAUGUUGCGGGAUGGGGCACAACUGAUGUUUCUCACCAUUUGGAUCAACAUGACGGUGCAUUCUGCAGGGAUGAUGACAUGCUUGAUGAUGAUGAUACUGAUUUUGGUUCAAGUCUUGGGCCUAUUGUCUCGUGGGAUGGAAUGGCAACAGAAUGUGAGGAUAGGAAGAUGCUCAUGAGUGAUAGCCCGAAGUGUGACAAGUGGAUGCUCAAGGAAGACGUGGGCGACUUUGUUGAGAAAAGUAUUCUUAACUGUGGUGAUGAUGAUGGUGUGGAGGAUUCAAAAAUUAUCAAGCCAUUGAUGCAUGAUGACACCAUGGCAACUGACCCAGGUUUGGUAGGUAUUCAUGUAGAAGGAUUCUACUCUGGAGCCAAGUGGUAUGAUUCACCGGUAGGUUUGGAUUCCAGUGGUGAUGCAGAUGUCAGUUUUAGACAUGGUGGACUGGUGUGAGAUGUGAUUGUCCCUGAUACCAUGAAGGUCUUGUAAAUUCUGUAUACAGGAGGACAUCAGCUUGUACCAAUUUAAUUUAGUAUCUGUAGGUGGAGCUUGAACCAAAGUGACUCGCAUUUAUCGAUUCAACUUCUGUUUAACGUAUGUAUAGUUCCCAUGUGGGUUUCCAUAUUGUUACAAGACAACUUACAUUCUGUUCUUGAUUAGCUAUUUAGUCCUAACAUAAUGCUAUGUAGAACUCUCUCUUGCACGCGUGCGUGUAUGUGCAUGUGCAUUUGUGAAUUUAUGCAAGGCUUUGCACACAAUAACAUGAUGUAUCAUCUCUUUACUUCACAAGAGGAAUCUUUGUCAUUGUUCCUGCUCA